AUGGGCAGUGGUGUAGCGUACCUUGGCCCCUCCAAGACGCUGUAUAAAAAUUUGUUAGGGGGCCCAAAUGGAGGAUUCAUCAUCCUGGCACCCGCUCCAAAGAAAACUGCAACCGGUUCCAUCAGUAAACUCGGAACCGGUUCAAUCGGUAAACCUUCAUCGCAGAUAGGAAAAACCUCGUCCUUUGGCAGUACUAGUAAGUCAAGCAGUUACAGUUCUUCUGCCAAAAAUGCAAAACUUACGGGCAGUGAAAAAACCGCAAGCUUUUUUGGUUCUACUGCGAAAGACAGCUACUUUGGAUCAAGUGGAUCGAAUAAAACAUCUAACGAUAAGCACAACAGUUUCGGUGAAGCUACUGGAAAGAGCAGUAACAUUUUGAGUGCAAGUGUAAAAACAAGCAGUGUUCCUGAAUCCAGUAAAUAUUCGAAUACACUACAAGCUUCUGAUAAAAGUUAUAGUAAGGCAAUCUUGCCAGCAUACAGCGGUAAAACCGAUAGUACUUUGAUAUCGAAUACAAAAAAUAGCAAUGUUUUAGGAUCGACUGGUAAAUAUUCGAAUGUAUCUCUCGUAAAAAAUGAAACCAAAACGCCUUUUAGUGGUAAGUCCGAAACUAAUCCAUUAUCUACUACUAAAAAUAGCAAUGUAUUUGGAUCUUAUGGAAAACAAAGUAGUUCUCCGAUAAAAAACGAUGGUAUGCUAGCAUCGACUGGACUAGCUGCUAACAUGUUACUGUCGAGUGGAACAAAUAGCAAUAAGUUGAGCUCUGCAGGAAACUAUUCAAAUGUUGGAUCUUCUUCAAAAAAGGAUACGUCUACUAGCAAAGUUGCUAAUGUAUUAUUAAGUAGUGGAACAAACAGCAACGUUUUAGGAUCUAGUGGAAAAUAUAUGUCCCCCUAUGGAUCUUCUGGAAAAAAUGAUUCUGUAUUAGGAACAACUGCUAAAUCUUCUGUGUCCAACAAUUCAAAACAACAUCAAGGAAAAAUCAACAAUGCAUUCAAACCAAGUCAGAAAGAUGCCAGACCUAUGGCCCCAACAAAUACUAACUCUAACGUGCACGAUUCUAGCAAACUGUAUCCCUCAUUUAUGACUCCUAAAGAAAAGAAACCCACAUCAAGAUUCGGUAUAAUAUGGCUACCGUUAAGGAAACGUAAUAAGAAAAAAGAUAAUAUCGUUCAUAAUCCGCACAAUUAUGAAAAUUAUAACAGAGCGCCAUCUAUGUACAAUUAUAUGUCUGGCGACUCCUCUGACCAUCAGUCGCAUAAAAAGAAAGAAGAAGAAACUCUUUUAGUCCCGGAACGAGCUAAACACACGGCAGUAGCAGUGAAUACUGGGAUCACUGCAGCCAGCAUCGACAUGCCCCCUGAUGGGUCAGGCUCUGCAGAUCCAGAAGAAAAACAUGAAUUCAUAAAACACGACUCAGAAGAAAGCAAGGAAGCUUCUGGUGAUAAUGAGAAGAGUAAAAUUGACAAUGAUUAUUUAGAAAAUACUGAUGAUUUAGUAAAUAAUUCACCAGAUAGCAAAUGGGAUAAAGAAAAGCAAGGGGAUAAAGUAGAUAGCGUGUACCUAAGGCCACCACCUCCUCACAAAGCAAGAUCAACUGCUUCGUCAAAUGAAGAAGAGAGUUGUGGUAUGAAAUGCCUUUAUUAUACGCUACAGUGCUGCGACUGUAUUUUGAUGUAGUUUGCCAUUUAAAGUACCUCUAUGAAAAAUGCCUUUAGGGUAAGAUAAACUGUGUAUCCUUGAUAUUCCAUUUUUUUUUGUAUUGCCAUAUUUACCUCAUAUGAAAUCUUUGUUCUUGCUUAAUUUUUUUGUCUUUGGUUUUUCUACAUACUUAUAUUUCUUUUUUCUUAAAAUUCUUCACAAAUAUCCAUACAAGCUUUAUACUAGAGAAGUAUGGCUAAAGUGAAAUUUUUUCUGUAAUAAAAUGAAAUCAGUAACUUUUAUACAUUCAUUAAAUCUAUCUGGAUUAUGUUCUUUUCUUUUUAUCAGCUCAGUAUUUUAUAUGUUAACAGUUUCUAAGCACAGGUUGUUAUAUUUUCACUUAGUAAUAAUGAAUAUAAUACAGAUAGUAAUGAACUUGAUUACAAUUUAUGCAAUGAAAUUUCUGUUAUCCAUCCAAUAUGAAACAUUAAAUUUUGCAUCAAUGGCAGUGAAACAAAACUAUUUGCCAGUAUUUAAAUAAAACACAUACUCAUAAAGUAUACUUGGAGCUGCUAUUAGUUUGUUUAAGAUAUUUAAGUGUUAUUAUAGUUUGCUAUUUUGUUUGUCAAAAUAAUGUAUUGAGAUUUUUUGUAAGUCAAUUGAUCUCGAAUUAAAUUGAUAUCAUCUCAAAAUUAAUUGUGUAUCUCAUAGUCUUAACAUGAAAUAUAUGUAAUAAAAAAUUAUAUUUACAUUUUGGGAAAAUUUAUCUGAUACUAUGUAAUUCUAUUAUAUACUCUAGUGAUAAACUUGCACAUUCCACACAAUUUGUAACAACAAUUUACUGUUUUUUGAAAGUUUAUAUAAAAUUAUAAUGCUAAAUUAAAAAAACUAAUUAUUGAAUUUAAAUGAGAUAUUGUAAAGGUGCUUUUUGAGAUAGUCAUAAUCUUCAUUCUUCAAAUUCUAUUUGUAAACUUCCUAGUUUAAUAUUGUAAUUUUAAUUAAUUAUAACUUUACAUAAGUUUGAUUAGAUAUAGUUUAUUAUGAGUGAGUGAGUCUCCAUCCUGGGACUUGUAUUUCGGUAAAAAGUUAGUAUAUAACUUGAUAUUUUUGGAUAUCAGUGCACUUUUGUACCUUAUUAAAGAGGAGUAUUUUC